GCUAGUUAGUUAGUUAACCACUAGUUAACUACUUGAUCUAUUAAUUAGUGCUCCAUUCGGCGGCAAAACGCGAACGAUAUACUUCGCCAGAUCUUGAUUUCUUUGAAGAGCAUCUGUGAUUUGACCAUUAACAUGGAUUGGAUCGCUGAAAAUAGACCUCCCGGUCCACCGCCGGAACUCUUAGAGCGGCCUCCUACACCACCCCCUCCCCCUCCCGAAUCUCUGGUACCUCCUCCGCCCCCAGAAGCUGCUGCUCCUCCUCCGCCGCCCCCAGACUCCACAGCCCCUCCUCCUCCAGACGAUGCGCUGCCACCCGAUCUACCGGCAGCUAAGAGGAAAAAAGGCUGGGGAAGCCAACGAUCAACUACGCCUCUGAGUGUCGAGGAACUUCUCAGAAAGAAGCGGGAAGCUGAUGAAGCCGCAUCAAAGCCCAAAUUCCUCUCGAGAGCGGAAAGAGAGAAGCUCGCGUUGGAGAAACGCGCGAAGGAAGUCGAAAAUCAAAGACGUCUGGAAGCGAACGGUACUGGGCCCUCCUCAUCUCGAAGCCCUGAAAUGAAUGGAUAUCCUUCCCCACCAUCAAGAAGCAAUAGAAUCGAUGGACCUUCGCGGGCUUCGAUUCCCGCUGGCCCUCGGGGCUUGCGACAUGGAGAAAUCCCAACUGCUCCAGCUGCGAUGCGCACGAAACAAAAUGAUAUGCCCCCGCCUCCUUUGCCUGGGCCGAAGGCUGAACAAAAGGGGGAAAAGCGUCCUUCUCCAGAAGAAGCCCAAGCUGCGUUGAUACGCCAACGGUAUAUGGGAAGUGGCCAAACGUCGAAUUUCUCUGCGAAGAAGAAACGAAGGCGGACAACAGAGAGGAAGUUUAACUUUGAAUGGAAUGCGGAUGAAGAUACGAGUCCUGAUUACAAUCCGCUCUAUCAAAACCGUUCCACAGCAAAUUUCUAUGGUCGUGGUCGUUUAGCUGGGUUCAGUGAUGAAUUUGCCGAUGCCGUUACGAGAAACUACGCAAGAGCUUUAGAAGAUAGAGAUCCGGAGGCUGGCAGGGUUAGGGCGAGGGAGAUUUUGGAAAUGGAAAGAAGAAGGAAGGAAGAGGGCGGACGGCAUAUGUUGGACGCGCAUUGGUCUGAGAAGAAGUUGGAGCAUAUGCGCGAAAGGGACUGGAGAAUCUUCAAAGAAGAUUUCAAUAUCAGUACCAAAGGAGGAAGCAUUCCCAACCCCAUGCGGUCGUGGGCUGAAUCAGGACUUCCAAAAAGACUUCUCAACAUCAUUGAGCAAGUUGGAUACACUGACCCUUCACCUAUUCAGCGAGCUGCUAUCCCUAUUGCAUUGCAGAAUCGUGACCUUAUCGGUGUUGCUGUGACUGGUUCCGGAAAGACUGCCGCAUUUUUACUCCCUCUGCUUGUCUACAUAGCGGAACUCCCACGUCUAGAUGAGUUUGAAUGGAGAAGAAAUGACGGUCCGUACGCGAUAAUAUUGGCCCCAACCCGCGAAUUGGCACAACAAAUCGAACUGGAAGCCAAGAAAUUCUCCGCCCCUCUUGGCUUCAACGUUGUCAGUAUUGUCGGUGGUCAUUCUCUAGAAGAGCAGGCCUACAGCUUGCGCAACGGGGCGGAGAUCAUCAUUGCCACACCCGGCCGUUUGGUAGACUGUAUCGAGAGACGAAUGAUCGUCUUCAGUCAAUGCUGCUACGUUAUCAUGGACGAAGCGGACCGGAUGAUUGAUCUUGGUUUCGAGGAGCCCGUGAACAAAAUCCUCGACGCUCUCCCCGUCACGAACCAGAAACCAGACACGGAAGACGCAGAGAACCCACAAGCAAUGAGCCAACAUAUCGGUGGCAAAGACCGCUACAGACAAACAAUGAUGUAUACAGCCACCAUGCCUCCGGCUGUCGAGCGAAUUGCACGCAAAUACCUCAGGCGACCGGCGAUCGUCACAAUCGGCAACAUCGGCGAAGCCGUCGACACCGUCGAGCAGCGCGUCGAAUUCAUCUCUGGCGAAGACAAGCGCAAGAAACGCCUCGCCGAGAUCCUAUCGUCGCGAGAAUUCCGCCCACCAAUCAUAGUCUUCGUCAAUAUCAAGCGCAACUGCGAUGCUGUCGCGCGCGAUAUCAAAAACAUGGGCUAUUCGUCAGUCACGUUGCAUGGGAGCAAGACGCAAGAGCAGCGUGAGGCUGCGCUGGCGUCCGUUCGGAAUGGAAAUACCGAUGUUCUCGUUGCAACUGAUCUGGCUGGUCGUGGUAUCGACGUUCCUGACGUUAGUCUGGUGGUGAAUUUCAACAUGGCAACGAAUAUUGAGAACUAUACGCAUCGUAUUGGUCGGACUGGACGUGCUGGAAAGAGUGGUAUUGCGAUUACAUUCUUGGGCAACGAGGAUUCUGACGUUCUAUAUGAUCUCAAACAGAUGCUUAUGAAAUCCGCUAUUUCUCGCGUCCCCGAAGAACUCCGCAAGCACGAAGCUGCCCAAUCGAAACCUGUACGGGGUGCUGGGGCACAGAAGAAGAUCGAAGAGAGCAGCGGCUUCGCUGGGAAGGGAGGUGGAGCGGGGUGGUAAAUCAGAGGAACUCCCCCGGCCCACCCUUGUUCCCUCCCCGUUUGCUUUGAUGUCAUAUUUUUGUUUUCUUCUUUUGCUAUUGGUCUGCUGGGCGCUCUUUUGGGAUUUGUGAGUAAUUAUUGGGCAUAUGCGGUGUUAUAGCUCUUGUAUAUUAUAAACCUCAUUCUGGGGUAUACGGGGAGCAAGGUCGAAGUAUAAACUAUGAUCAAAGCAAAUAAUAGACAUAACAUAAAUCACUCUUUGAUACGGAAUA